CUCCCGUCCUUCCUCUCCUAGCCUAAGGUGUGUGAACAGAGCGCCACUGGGAGGCCGAAACCUUCAGGUCGAUGCCUGCUUGUGAGCUCAGGCAAGCUGGAUUCUGGGCCCCACCUUUGCAGAGAGAACAGCGAUGUUGUGCGCCCAUUUCUCAGAUCAAGGACCGGCCCACCUUACUACCUCCAAGAGUGCUUUUCUCUCUAAUAAGGCCCCUGGCUUCCUUAUUCCCUUUCCUGCACCCUCUCAGAAGCUCUGCCUUGACGCUGAUCGCCUUACCCCCACCCAGGCGGGCACGCACCCGCACUACCCGCCAAACUACGCAGACCCCAGGCGGAGGGCAGAGAAGCAGCUCUCGGUCCGCGGGGUCCGUACUCAUCCUGUGGACUCUCAGCUGCCUGACUCUAGGUGGGCCCAGCCCGUCGUCCCCGCCCAAAACCUGCGCCCAGCCUUUGUCAGGUUGAUGGCUGAAGCUCACCUCACCUCCCAUUCCAGGCAGGGUUUUGUCAUUGAACUUGAGUCAGGCAAUAAACAUUCCUUUACCCCUCCGGAGCCAGGCCGAGACGCGGAGGGGUGGAUGGGAAGGGCGGAGGGGGCUAUGGAGGGACGCGGAACCCACCAAGCCAGCGCGGCUUUAUCAAACAGCUUCCAAUCCUUGCCUUCCCGGGAACACUCGCCGGGUCUGCAGCUGAAAGCCGGAUUCUUGAGGCCAUCCGCAAGUCAGGCCAAUGUUUUGGUCAGGAUCGACAUGGUGUAACUUUUUCUGUUUUUCUCCUUGGCAUUUCAUGUUCGUUUACCUUAUUUUAGGCAGUCCAAUCGUUAAUUUAUUUUAAUAAUCAGGAUAAACAAAUGCGUACACGAACGAAUACUAGCUAAGGCCGAUGAAUUAUUAGAGAGUGUUCGAGUCAGUCGUAACGAGGCCGUCGCAGCUCGGUUUUGCAAGCGCCCCUCCCUCGGCGGGAUUACCCGGGGGGCUGUCGCCCGCCGCGCUAUCCGAUCCCGGGCUGCCACCAGAGGCUGCCGAGCCCCGCGGAUCUCCCAGCCGCCUUCCCAGGACCUGGAAACUUCAACUUCGCAAAUGGGGCGUCACCCUACUCUGUGGCGGAGGAAAUAGCGGCCUGGAGAGCCGUCCGACCCGGGAAACCGGCGCGUCUUUCCCGGCGAUCCGCCGACUGCGGAGGCUGCUAGGAGCGGCCUGCUCAGACUGUAGUAGUGCUGCGUGUGUGUGUGUGUGCGCGCGCGCACGCUCGUGUGCUUAAAGAAUUCAGGAUCCUGGAGCAAGGGAAGAUCAAACACUCGAUCCCCGGGUCUCUCCCUGGCUCAGUAACAUCCAGUUGAAGGUGAACCCGGCGCGCCGGGGCUCAGGGAGGCGCGGGGGCCACUCCGUCUGGCAUGGGGCGCUCCGAGCGCGGGGCUUCCUUUCCACUCCGGAGCCCCCCGCGACUCAGCGACACCGGCUAACGAGAUACCAAAUCCGGCGAGGCAACGAAAAGCUCCCGGCCUCGGUAUCUGGGGCCAGAGACACCGUAGGGAGGCAGGUCCCCGCCGACAAAUCGGAAGAGGCCUGCGGGAGUUAGCCGGGUAAUGCUCUCUCUUUCCUACCCGCCCCCACCAAUUUGGCUUUUACCUGCGACAAAGCUUGCUUGAACCAAAGGGGUUUGCAGUCUUCUCUUCUUCUACUUUUGAUCCCCAGGCCUUCGCGGCCCGGGAAAGAAUCCAUUCAACCCUUCCGCCUUUGUCGGACCUUCGGGAAAAAGAGGCGUGGGCGCCUGGGUCAAGUUCACGGACCUGGUCUGCGUCUUUUAGGACAAGCGGGGGCACCGUUCCCAUUCUGACGAGGAGGAUUCUAAGCAUUUGGGACAGUGUGAGGGCGAAAAUGAAGCUGCGAGAAAGGACUUUCAAUUUUAAUCUAUUGCCUUAGUCUCACAUCCCCUCCCUCUCCCUCAGCCCUGCAGAGGAGAAAUAAUCAGAUCCGAAGGGAGGCCUUUUAUUUGGAAAAAUGCGAAGGUCUUAAGGAAUGAGCUUCCCAGAAAUGGUCUUUGGCACUCACUUGGGUAGUUUUGCGUGAAUUCGGUGUCGGCGUUUAUAAAAGUUAAGGUUUUACAGUAUUCAGCACAACGGUUUCUGUGGAAUUCGAUUCAGAGCAAAAAAGAUCGCAUCUACACUGCUUUCCAAAAAGCUUCGGACUCAACACAUUGAAGUAAUUUUCCCCAACAUCCUGGUUCCUACCCUACCCUUUCACCCCCCUUUUUUUACAGUGCCUGAUGCAAAAUGAUAUUCCUGCCCCUUAAAAAAAAAAAAAAAAAAAAAAAAGAACCUCAAAGUGGAAAAAAACUAUCUCGAUCGCAGUAAGUAGAAUAUGGGUCUUAAAACACAGAGCUACCUUUAAAACUUUUUUAUAAACAGCCCCUUUUAAAUUAAAAAAAUUUCUUUCAAUGUGUAUGUGUUAUACUUUUCAACCACUGUUAAUAGUUACUUUUUGUUUCCUUUCCCCUCAGCCUAGUUAUAUACAACAUAAUCUGGUUUGAAAACAUAGUGUACAUUUUCUGUGUCAUAAGCAAUUCCUCAAGUUAUUGCAGUCUUCUAAGUGCUGUUUUUAGAUUGCAUAUAUGCAGUGAAAGAAGUUGUCAUAAUUUAGAAAACUAUUUCCCUAAGGUUAGGCUGUAUCCAUAUUUUUAAAGAGGAGUUUCAGCUGGACACGGCAGCUAACACCUAUAAUCUCAACACUUUGGGAGGACAAGGUGGGAGGAUUGCUUGUGGCCAGGAGUUCAAAACCACCAUGGGCAAUAUAGCCAGAUUCAGUCCUACAAUUUUUUUUUAAUUGGCCAGGCAUAGUGGCGCCUGCCUG